AAUGGACAACUUCUUCCCCGAGAGGUUAGAGGCAAAGAUUGUUCUUUUGUCUCCCCCAGGUGAACGUUGAACUAAGCUGCUCCAGGCCUCCCCCGCCUGCCAGUGCUGCUUCUGGGAAGACUUCGGCUUAUCUCCCAGUCUGUGAUUGAUGGACAGCAAGAGGGCACACAUACUUGCAGGGAACACGGGUCUGGCUGAGAGAAAAUGGCCAGCAUUUUCCAAGUACCGUAAAUUCCUGUGCAGAGGGCAUCAUUGUCUUCCAGACGGACUAUGGUCAGAUUCCCUGUGGAACAUAGAGGCGUAGCCACCAAGGGUGAGAAGUUCAUUACCUGGUUCUGGCCCCCAGGACAGCCAUACCUGCUGUUUAUCUGAUAUGGAUUCCUGAAGGAAUCAGGGAAUCACCUGGAGGUCUUGUUUCGGAUGCAGAUUCUGAUCAGCAGGUCUGGGCUGGGGGCUGAGAGUCUGCAUUUCUCACCAGCUACCUGGUGGUAUGGAUGCUGCUGGUCGAUGUUGGAGUCGGAGAACUGCCUUAGGGUCGUAGUAACUACAGUGAAGAGCAGGAAGUACCCUCAGUCCCCUCCGUGUACCAGCCGUGCUGCUGUUUAGGACGAAGCAAAGGUCUUCACAUACAAGCAGAGCACAAUUACACACCAGAAGGUGAUGGCUAUGGACCCCAUGGAUGAGGAGGGCGUGGAUGACAUGGCCACCUUGACUGAGCUCCACGGGGGCGCCAUCAUGCAUAACCUGUACCAGCGCUACAAGAGAAACCAAAUCUACACCUACAUCGGCUCCAUCAUCGCCUCUGUGAACCCCUACAAGUCCAUCGCUGGCCUGUACUCACGGGAUGCCAUGGAGCGCUACAGCAGGUGCCACCUGGGCGAGCUGCCCCCGCACGUCUUCGCCAUCGCCAACGAGUGCUACCGCUGCCUGUGGAAGCGCCACGACAACCAGUGCGUCCUCAUCAGUGGUGAAAGCGGGGCAGGUAAGACCGAAAGCACUAAGUUGAUCCUCAAGUUUUUAUCAGCCAUCAGUCAGCAGUCUCUGGACUUGUCCUCGAAGGAGAAGACAUCGUGUGUUGAACAAGCCAUUCUUGAGAGCAGCCCCAUCAUGGAAGCCUUCGGCAAUGCCAAGACUGUGUAUAACAACAACUCCAGUCGCUUCGGGAAGUUUGUUCAGCUGAACAUCUGCCAGAAGGGAAAUAUCCAGGGCGGGAGAAUCGUAGAUUAUUUAUUAGAAAAAAACCGAGUAGUAAGGCAAAAUCCCGGGGAAAGGAAUUAUCACAUAUUCUAUGCGCUGCUGGCAGGGCUAGAGCGUGAAGAAAAAGAAGAAUUUUAUUUAUCUGUGCCAGAAAACUACCACUACUUGAAUCAAUCUGGAUGUGUAGGAGACAAGACAAUCAGUGACCAGGAAUCCUUUAGGGAAGUUAUUACGGCAAUGGAGGUAAUGCAGUUUAGCAAGGAAGAAGUUCGGGAAGUUUUGAGGUUGCUUGCUGGUAUAUUACAUCUUGGGAACAUAGAAUUUAUCACUGCUGGUGGAGCACAAGUUUCCUUCAAAACAGCCUUGGGCAGGUCUGCAGAGUUACUUGGGCUGGACCCGGCACAGCUCACAGACGCCUUGACCCAGAGAUCCAUGUCUCUCCGGGGGGAGGAGAUCCUUACGCCUCUCAAUGUUCAACAGGCAGUAGACAGCAGGGACUCCUUGGCCAUGGCACUUUACGCACGCUGCUUCGAGUGGGUGAUCAAGAAGAUAAACAGCAGGAUCAAAGGCAAAGAUGACUUCAAAUCUGUUGGCAUCCUUGACAUCUUUGGAUUUGAAAACUUUGAGGUGAAUCACUUUGAGCAGUUCAAUAUAAACUAUGCAAACGAGAAACUUCAGGAAUAUUUCAACAAGCAUAUCUUUUCUUUAGAACAACUGGAAUAUAGCAGAGAAGGCUUAGUGUGGGAAGAUAUUGACUGGAUAGACAAUGGAGAAUGCCUGGACUUGAUUGAGAAGAAACUUGGUCUCCUAGCCCUUAUCAAUGAAGAAAGCCAUUUUCCUCAAGCCACAGACGGCACCUUAUUGGAGAAGUUACACAAUCAGCAUGCUAAUAACCACUUUUAUGUGAAGCCCAGAGUUGCAGUCAGCAAUUUUGGAGUGAAACACUAUGCUGGAGAGGUGCAGUAUGACGUGAGGGGCAUCUUGGAGAAGAACAGAGAUACCUUCAGAGAUGAUCUUCUCAACUUGCUGAGGGAAAGCCGAUUCGACUUCAUCUACGACCUCUUUGAACACGUUUCAAGCCGCACGGACCAGGAUACCUUGAAAUGUGGAAGCAAACAUCGGCGGCCCACGGUCAGCUCGCAAUUCAAGGACUCGCUGCAUUCCUUAAUGGCAACGCUAAGCUCCUCUAAUCCUUUCUUUGUUCGCUGUAUCAAGCCAAACAUGCAGAAGAUGCCCGACCAGUUUGAACAGGCAGUUGUGGUCAACCAGCUGCGGUACUCCGGGAUGCUGGAGACAGUCAGGAUCCGGAAAGCUGGGUAUGCUGUCCGAAGACCCUUCCAGGAUUUUUACAAAAGGUAUAAGGUGCUGACGAGGAAUGUGGCUCUGCCCGAGGACGUGAGGGGCAAGUGCACGGCCCUGCUGCAGCUCUACGACACCUCCAACAGCGAGUGGCAGCUGGGAAAGACGAAGGUCUUCCUUCGCGAGUCCUUGGAGCAGAAACUGGAGAAGCGGCGGGAGGAGGAGGUGACGCGGGCGGCCAUGGUGAUCCGGGCCCACGUCUUGGGCUACUUGGCACGAAAGCAAUACAAGAAGGUCCUUUAUUGUGUAGUGAUUAUACAGAAGAAUUACAGAGCAUUCCUUCUGAGGAGGAGAUUUUUGCACCUGAAAAAAGCAGCCGUCGUUUUCCAGAAGCAACUCCGAGGUCAGAUUGCCCGGAGAGUUUACAGACAGCUGCUGGCAGAGAAACGGGCAGAGGAGGAAGAGAGGAAACGGGAAGAGGAAGAAAAGAGGAAGCGAGAGGAGGAGGAAAGAGAAAGAGAGAGGGAACGAAGAGAAGCUGAGCUCCGCGCCCAACAGGAGGAAGCAGCGAGGAAGCGGCGGGAACGGGAAGCCUCGCAGAAGAGUCAGAGGGAGGCCGAGCUGGCCCGGGAGCUGGAGAAGCAGGAGGAGAGCAAGCAGGUCGAGGAGAUCCUGCGCCUGGAGAGGGAAAUCGAGGACCUGCAGCGCGUGAAGGAGCGGCAGGAGCUGUCCUUGACCGAGGCCUCCCUGCAGAAGCUGCGGCAGCUGCGCGACGAGGAGCUGCGGCGGCUGGAGGACGAAGCCUGCCGCGCCGCCCAGGAGUUCCUGGAGUCGCUCAACUUCGACGAGAUCGACGAGUGUGUCCGCAACAUCGAGCGCUCCCUGUCGGUGGGGAGCGGGUCCGCGGGCGUGCGGGCCGACCCGGCCGAGGGUGCCUGCGGCGAGAAGCCCAGCUUCAACUUCAGCCAGCCCUACCCGGAGGAGGAGGUGGACGAGGGCUUCGAGGCCGACGACGAUGCUUUCAAGGACUCGCCCAACCCCAGCGAGCACGGCCACUCGGACCAGCGCACCAGUGGCAUCCGGACCAGCGACGAGUCCUCGGAGGAGGACCCCUACAUGAACGACACCGUGGUGCCCACCGGCCCCGGCCCCGACGGCACCGUGCUGCUGGCCCCCUCGGAGCACGGCUCCUCCUCCGGGGAGCCCACCUACUGCAUGCCCCAGACGCCUGGGGGCCUGCCCUCCCCGGACGGCGACCGCAGCUACGACCAGGACGACUGUGAGGACGGGGCCGUCACCCCCGGCAGCAGCGCGACCUUCUCCAACUCCUACAGCAGCCAGUGGUCCCCGGACUACCGAUGCUCCGUGGGCACCUACAACAGCUCGGGGGCUUACCGGUUCAGCUCGGAGGGGGCCCAGUCCUCGUUUGAAGAUAGUGAAGAGGACUUCGACUCUCGGUUUGAUACAGACGAUGAACUUUCAUACCGGCGGGACUCUGUGUACAGCUGUGUCACGCUGCCUUACUUCCACAGCUUCCUGUACAUGAAAGGUGGCCUCAUGAACACCUGGAAACGCCGCUGGUGCGUCCUCAAGGACGAAACCUUCCUAUGGUUCCGCUCCAAGCAGGAGGCCCUCAAGCAAGGCUGGCUGCACAAGAAGGGUGGCGGCUCCUCCACGCUGUCCAGGAGAAACUGGAAGAAGCGCUGGUUCGUCCUCCGCCAGGCCAAGCUGAUGUACUUUGAGAAUGACAGCGAGGAGAAGCUCAAGGGCACCGUGGAAGUCCGGACGGCCAAGGAGAUCAUAGAUAACACCAGCAAAGAAAACGGGAUUGACAUCAUUAUGACCGAUAGGACCUUCCACCUGAUCGCUGAAUCCCCAGAAGACGCCAGCCAGUGGUUUAGCGUGCUGAGUCAGGUCCACGCAUCCACGGACCAGGAGAUUCGGGAGAUGCAUGAUGAGCAGGCAAACCCGCGGAACGCCGUGGGCACUUUGGAUGUGGGGUUAAUUGAUUCUGUGUGUGCCUCGGACAGCCCUGAUAGACCCAACUCAUUUGUGAUCAUCACGGCCAACCGGGUGCUUCACUGCAACGCGGACACGCCGGAGGAGAUGCAUCACUGGAUAACGCUGCUGCAGAGAUCCAAGGGGGACACCAGAGUGGAGGGCCAGGAGUUUAUAGUGAGAGGGUGGUUGCACAAAGAAGUGAAAAACAGCCCGAAGAUGUCUUCACUGAAACUGAAGAAACGAUGGUUUGUGCUAACCCACAACUCCUUGGAUUACUACAAGAGCUCGGAGAAGAAUGCUCUGAAGUUGGGCACCCUGGUCCUCAACAGCCUCUGUUCGGUUGUCCCGCCGGACGAGAAGAUCUUCAAAGAGACAGGCUACUGGAACGUCACCGUGUACGGACGCAAGCACUGCUAUCGGCUCUAUACCAAGCUGCUCAACGAGGCCACCAGGUGGUCCAGCGCCAUUCAAAACGUGACGGACACCAAGGCCCCUAUUGACACCCCGACCCAGCAGCUGAUUCAGGAUAUCAAGGAGAACUGCCUGAACGCGGACGUGGUGGAGCAGAUCUAUAAGCGGAACCCUAUCCUGCGCCACACCCAUCGGCCCCUGCACUCCCCACUCCUGCCCCUGCCCUACGGAGACAUCAACCUCAACCUGCUCAAAGACAAAGGCUACACGACACUUCAGGAUGAAGCCAUCAAGAUAUUCAAUUCCCUUCAGCAGCUGGAGUCCAUGUCUGACCCUGCGCCCAUCAUCCAGGGCAUCCUCCAGACGGGACACGACCUCCGCCCUCUGCGAGACGAGCUAUACUGCCAGCUCAUCAAACAGACCAACAGGGUGCCCCAUCCGGGCAGCGUGGGCAACCUGUGCAGCUGGCAGAUCCUUACCUGCUUGAGCUGCACCUUCCUGCCCAGCCGGGGGAUCCUCAAGUACCUCAAGUUCCACCUGAGAAGGAUACGGGAACAGUUCCCAGGAACCGAGAUGGAAAAAUACGCCCUCUUCAUUUACGAAUCUCUCAAGAAAACCAAAUGCAGAGAGUUUGUGCCUUCCCGAGAUGAAAUUGAAGCUCUGAUCCAUCGGCAGGAGAUGACGUCCACAGUGUACUGCCACGGCGGGGGCUCCUGCAAGAUCACUAUCAGCUCCCACACCACAGCCGGGGAGGUGGUGGAGAAGCUGAUCCGAGGCCUGGCCAUGGAGGACAGUAGAAACAUGUUUGCGCUCUUUGAGUACAACGGACACGUCGAUAAAGCCGUCGAAAGCCGGACCAUUGUAGCAGAUGUAUUAGCAAAGUUUGAAAAGCUGGCUGCCACAUCAGAGGUGGGUGACCAGCCCUGGAAAUUCUACUUCAAACUUUACUGCUUCCUGGACACAGACAACGUGCCAGAAGACAGCGUGGAAUUUGCGUUCAUGUUUGAACAGGCCCACGAAGCCGUCGUCCACGGCCACUACCCGGCCCCCGAGGAAAACCUGCAGGUCCUGGCUGCCCUGCGGCUGCAGUACCUGCAGGGGGAUUACACGCCCCACGCCCCGGUGCCGCCCCUGGAGGAGGUCUACUCGCUGCAGAGACUCAAGGCCCGCAUCAGCCAGUCCACCAAGAGCUUCGCGCCGUGCGAGCGGCUGGAGAAGCGGCGCACGAGCUUCCUGGAGGGGACGCUGCGCCGGAGCUUCCGGACGGGGGCCGCGGUGCGGCAGAAGGCGGAGGAGGGGCAGAUGCUGGACAUGUGGGUCAAGGAGGAGGUCUCGUCCGCGCGGGCCAGCAUCGUCGGCAAGUGGAAGAAGUUUCAGGGGAUGAGCCAGGAGCAGGCCAUGGCCAAGUACAUGGCCUUGAUCAAGGAGUGGCCCGGGUACGGGUCGACGCUCUUUGAUGUGGAGGUGAGAGCUGCCUGCUGCUUCUCGGACCGGGUUGCACCGGGGUCUGUGCGACCACCACGGUCAGGUUCAUGCAGAGGGAGGACCUGGCGGAACGCUUGGCUCUCUCACCCUCUCUUUUUAGAGCCCCCCAAUUUUACCCUUCACACCCGCCACCCACCCAGAGUUUUCUUCCUCCGUUACAGUAAAUGUUCUCGUAAUGUUAGAAGUGAGUGGAAAAUUAAGGUGUCAUCUAUUCUUAAAUAAUUUCUGAUUCUUUCUUAUUCAAGCUAUAGCCCCAAUGAAAAAGUGCUGGUAAAAAUCUGCAUUCAAGUUUAAAAAAACUUUUUUUUAGAACUGUGUCCAGAAAAUUGGAAAUUUUGGAUAUCCUUGGAUUUUACAUUUUUAUCUUUUUCCCAUGACCGUUUGAAGGGAAGAAUUUCUAUUUCACAAUUUGAAUUUGGCUAAAUUCACAUCAACCCAGUACUGAUUCAUAUCCUUUUUUUUUUUUUUAAGUAGACCAUUUAUUGAAAGAAAAUCUUACUGAUGAUUGAGAUCAAGGCUUGGCAAACUGCAGCCCGUGGGCCAAAUCCCGCCUGCCUCCUUUUUUGUAAAAAAAAAAAAAAAAAGUUUUAUUGGAACACAG